AUGAAGUUCCUCGGCACAACACUGUUUGAGAAGGACCUCUCCGUCAACGACUUUGCCGACGUGCUGGUCCCUCUCGCACAGGCGAGUCGGCAUCCGACGGUCGUGGCCGAGUAUGCGCGGCGGCGCUCGGCUGAGGGGCGCAGGAGUCCCCGUCUAGGUUCAGGUUUGGAUCCGGGUGGGGAGAAGAAGAUCAGUGACGGUGAUGCAGAUGCAGCUACAGCUGUGGACCGUGAGGAUGGGAUGUUGCGGACCACGAGUGACGAGUAUAGCCCUUAUACCAUUGAAGGCUUGAAGGCAGAGGUGAGGGAGGAUUUGAGUGCCGGGGGCCAUGAUACUGCUUAUGACUUGAAAAGUAAGGUCAUCAAUAAGGCUAUUCAGGAUAUUGGCAUGGGGAGUCUUUGGCUACAGGGUAUUGCUCUCACGCUGCCUUCUCUGCAGGCUGAAUUCGGUGUUGCCGAAACGACGGUUAGGUACACGACCAUGUCGCUGUUUAUCGGUCUUUGUAUCGGAGCCAGCUUCUGGGGUAUCGGAUCUGACAUUAUGGGUCGGCGAAUUGCGUUUAACAUGACGCUGUUGCUGGCCGGUGUGUUUGGUAUUGCAUCUGGAGCCGCACCUACGUGGAUUGGAGCCUGUGGUCUAUUCGCUGCUCUUGGAGUCGGAGUCGGAGGCAAUCUCCCAGUAGAUGGUGCCUUGUUCUUGGAGUUUCUCCCCAACGCCUCAGGAGGUCUUCUCACACUGCUCAGUGUCUGGUGGCCCGUUGGACAGCUUGUCGCUUCUCUCAUCGGAUGGGCUUUCCUGGGCGGCAAAUACGCCGAAGACAAGGGAUGGAGAUACUUUGUCUACACGAUGGGUACGAUGACUUUCGUCAUGUUCCUGGCUCGCUUCCUCCUCUUUCAUCUGUACGAGUCGCCCAAGUUCCUACUCUCCAGAGGCCGUCAAGCCGAGGCCGUUGCUGUGGUUCACGGGAUGGCAAAGAAGAACAGAACGACGACCUGGCUCACCGAGGAAAUUCUGAACGAGAUCGGAGGUGAUCCUGCCGUUGCAGCUGAUGCAACUCUUACCACCAAGCAGAUCAUAAUGCGAAAGCUGUCCUCUUUCUCAACAGAGCGAAUCGGCCCUCUCUUUGCAAACAGGAAACUGGGCAUGACGACCGCGCUUGUCUGGUUCUCCUGGCUCGCUAUCGGAAUGGGCUACCCGUUAUUUAACGCUUUUCUGCCACAGUAUCUCGCGCGUGGGACGGAUUCCAGUGGAGUAACUAUCGGCGUCAAUGAGACUUACCGGAACUACGCCAUUACCUCUGUCGUCGGUGUUCCUGGCUCGAUUAUCGCUUGCUGGACUGUUGACAUCAAGUACAUCGGCCGAAAGGGUACCAUGGCCAUCUCCACGAUGCUAUCCGGGAUCUUCUUGUUCCUAUUCACGCUCAAGUCGGAUUCGGACUAUCAGCUUAUUUUCUCGUCGCUGGAGGCCUUCUUUCAGAAUAUCAUGUAUGGUGUACUCUACGCCUAUACACCUGAGGUAUUUCCCGCUCCAAACAGAGGCACCGGCACGGGGAUCGCCAGCAUGCUGAAUCGCAUCGCGGGGCUCUGCGCACCGAUCAUCGCAGCCAAUAUCCCGGAUGCAGACCCAAGUGCCCCCGUCUUCGUCAGUGGUGGUUUGUUCUUAGCUGCUUUCGUUGCCAUGAUCUUGUUGCCUAUCGAGACGAGGGGAAAGCAGAUGCUAUAA